AUGAUCAUCGGUAUUUUUACGCACUUCUUCGCAGUGGAGACGACGCUAGCAGAACGGCAAUUUUUCCGCGCUCUCGCAAGGCUGGUAGGCCGUCGCGCUGCGAGACUUAGUGCCUGUGGUAUUGCCGCGAUUGUGAGCAAGAUGGGCUACCUGGACGAAGGAUGCGCCGUAGGUGCAGAUGGGUCACUGUACAAUAAAUAUCCUGGUUUUGCAGAUAGGAUACACGAAGGUCUGCAAGAUGUUUUUGGGGAGAAGGGCAGAAAUAUCAUCACGUACCACGCAGAAGAUGGCAGUGGCAUUGGCGCUGCCAUAAUUGCAGCCAUGACAAAGGCGCGGAAAGAUUCGAAUCGGUAUCCCAACCUGUAA